AGCAUUUUGAGAAAGGCGAAAAAGGGGACCCAGGUGAAUCAGGGCAGCCUGGUCUUCCUGGGCCUAUUGGUAGUCCAGGACCUCAGGGUUCCCCAGGGCAAGUUGGUCCCAGAGGACAACCAGGAGAAGUUGGCUUACCAGGAGAACAUGGAAUACCUGGAAAACCAGGGAUUAAAGGCGAAAAGGGGGAUGCUGGUGGAAUCAUAGGUCCUCCUGGGCCUCCAGGUUCUAAAGGUGACACAGGAAAUCCAGGAUCAAGUCUUCCAGGAAAACCAGGACCUACAGGCACACCUGGAGCAAUAGGUCCACGGGGGCCCAAGGGUGAAAGAGGUCUUCCUGGGGUACAAGGGCCUCCUGGAGAAACAGGCCCAGCAGGAAACGGAACCCAAGGUCCUCCUGGUCUGAGGGGAUCUCCUGGAGCACCUGGAUUCCCGGGCCCAAGGGGACCUCCUGGAUUACCAGGAACCCCAGGAACCCCAGGUCUUGAUGGUAUUCCAGGACAUGAUGGAAAGCCAGGGCUCCCAGGACCUCCAGGUGACCCAGUCGCUCUUCCUCUUCUUGGUGACAUGGGUACUUUGUUGAAGGGUGAUGCUGGUCCAAGAGGUCCACCAGGAAUCCCAGGUAGAGAAGGGCCCAAGGGGAAUAAAGGUGAACGUGGAUUUCCUGGACUUCCUGGAGAGAAAGGUGAUGAGGGUCUUCAAGGUAUUCCAGGUCUUCCUGGUGUAGCAGGACCUGCAGGACCUUCUGGAGCAUUAGGGAGGCCUGGACAUCCAGGAUCACAUGGAACAAAAGGUGAAAAGGGGAACCAGGGAACUCCUGGGAAGCCUGGACCUCCUGGACCACCUGGUGUGCCAUACAAUGAAAGGAAUGGGAUGAGCAGCCUCUAUAAACUGCAGGGAGGUGCAAAUGCUGCAAGUUAUGCUGGCCCACCUGGCGCUCCUGGCCCUAAAGGUGACACUGGAGCAGCGGGAGAACCAGGUCCAAUGGGGCUACCAGGACUAGAAGGACUUCAAGGAGAAAAGGGAGACCAGGGACCAGCAGGUCCUCCAGGAGUACCAGGGAUACCUGGUAAACAUGGGGCACCAGGGGCAGCAGGGAUGCCCGGGGAACCAGGUGAAAGGGGCCCUAUUGGAGAUAUUGGCUUUCCUGGGCCGGAAGGACCACCUGGUAUACCAGGCAUAAAUGGGAAAGAUGGAUUGCCUGGUCCCCAGGGUUUAAUGGGUAAACAUGGUGACAGAGGCCCUAAAGGAGAAAGAGGGGAUCAAGGCAUACCAGGAGACAAGGGCCCUCAAGGUGAAAGAGGAAGACCUGGCCUGCCAGGAGACAAGGGUGAUAUAGGACCUAUGGGACCUCAAGGGAACAAAGGAAAUUCAGGAUCACCUGGUCAUAAGGGUCCUCCAGGCUCACCAGGAAUUCCAGGCAUACCGGCAGAUUCACUUUUAUUUGAAGAAAUGAAAAAAUAUAUCAGACAAGAGGUUCUUAGAGUUUUUGAAGAGAGGAUGUCUCAGUUUGUAUCUCAGCUCAAAUUGCCAGCUGCCAUGCUAGCUUCCCAGACACAUGGAAAACCAGGCCUUCCAGGAAAAGAUGGGCUACCUGGACCACCUGGAGAACCUGGACCCCCAGGCUACAGAGGACAGAAAGGUGAAAGAGGUGAGCCUGGAAUUGGCCUGCCAGGUGAUCCUGGCCCACCUGGUCCUUCAGUCCCUAGUAUGCCAGGCCCUCCCGGACCACAGGGGCCCCCAGGGCCAACAGGAAGGUGCAACCCAGCAGACUGCUAUUCUCCUCUCUCCCAGAGUCAGCCACGGACAGCUGGGAAAUGAAAUUCGUCUCUGAAGAUAGUUUGAUUACUGGUUUCCCUGUUCCUCCAUCACCUCUUCUUGCUCUCCCCACCCAAUAGUGAAUUUAAGCUUUAAAAUAUUUGGUGCAUUUUUGUCCCUAUACAUGAUACUGUGUAUAGACAUUUUACAGAGCAUCUCAUGGAAGAAUUCUUUUCCAGAGUUAAGCCAAUGCUGAGAUGCUGUUUUCUUGCAUUCAUUCCAUAUGUUUAUAUUUAAGCCUACUUUUAGCCUACUUUUUUUUUAAAAAAGGACUUUUUUCUUGUAUCAUGGUGGCCUAUUGACCUAUUAAUGGCUUUUAAUUUAUUGCUUUCAAAACGAAAAUGUACUGAAGCACAGUUCUCUUUCUUUAACUCCUAAAUUUCUAUGAAAUACCAUGUUUGGCUUUUCCCUCAUUUUUCCAUUCCUUCCCCUUGUUUUCCUCCCCUCCCUUUUGGUAGAGUGCAUUGGGAUCGUGAAAUUCUGCAUCUCGCCUUAAAAACAGGGCUAACAAAAUUUAAGCAGGACAUUAAUGAUGCUUUUAUGAGGGCUUGAGUAAAUUGCCUGAGAAAUCCAACUAGCAGUUGAGACUCCCCGUGUUCCCAAUGCCCUUGUGCAGUCUUGCAAACUUGGCAAGAAAUUUAUUAAAUGGAGCCACUCUUCUGAAAGGUUUUUUCAAGGAAAAAUUGAAGGGAAAAAAGGACAUUUUUGACCACUCUCCCAUUAAGAGGAGAAUGUUCUUAUGAUACAGACAGAAUGUACGGUGCAGCCAACCACUGGUCCCAGUGAGGCUUACUGUUAGAAAAUUUGUUAUCUGGCACAUGUCUAGAGUUGCUAGAAUAAAAACUGAAGAGGACUUCUGCACCUUUAAUGUUUUUAUAGAAAAGAGAAAUUCAGCAGGUGUGGCUUUGCA